AUGAAGCUGUUUAUCGUCCUGUUUGCACUCGCUGCCUACGCAAUGGCCGAAGCCGGUCCAAACCUCGAAGCGAGAGCCGGGUGCUCCCAGAAGGGACAAUUCUGCAACGGCGGCACAUUCUUGUGCUGCCCCGGACAAGGAAGCUGCAGUGGAGGCGUGUGCAAAUAAGUUGUCACCAUCUACUGAGGGAGUGCAGAGGUCGCCUUAGUGCUACAGGGUCCAACAUGUGAGAGUGUCAGGGCUGUCUCUUGGGU